AUGUCCCGAAUCAUUCCAAAUUCCAAUCGUUAUCAAACUAAUCGCUUAUCGUACGAUGUUCUUGCUCCCCAGAAGGCAAUCAAUCGCAUUCGAGCACAAUCCAAUGAACAACGAUCGAAAUUUAUCAUCGAUACAUUCGCGCAUUUCUUCGCAGCAGGUAUUCGAGAAAAUCCCAACGCAUUUCGUGCCCGUUUUCGAAAGAUGGCUGCCUCACCCUUUAAUUUCUAUCGCGGGUCAGCCGUCUUAUUCUAUCAAGACUUGAAAGUCGAUCAAGAUCCAUAUGUCGCACGAAACAACGCUGCGGGACAAGUUUUCAUCCAUGGAGAUUUACACGCGGAGAACUUCGGUACUUAUUUAGAUAGCAAUGGUAUUCUAAACUUUGACGUUAAUGAUUUCGACGAAGGUUAUAUUGGUCCGUUUACAUGGGAUGUGAAACGUUUAAUAGCGUCAAUCAAUUUGAUUUGCUAUUCGAAAGGAUUUUCCGAUCGAGAGAUCGAGCACAUUCUCAUUGUAUUUGUUGAAGAGUAUUUAAAACAAGUUUAUCAUUUUUGUAAAAAUGCUAAAGAUCAUUUUGCAUUAACAUUAAGAAAUACCUCGGGCAAAAUCAAGAAAUUGCUCAAUGAAGCACGUAUCAAAUCUCACGUGGCCCAUUUAGAUUCCAUGACAUGUAUUGAAAAUUAUGACCGACGAUUCAUACGUUCGAAACAUAUUCAAGAUGUCGAUGAUAAUUUACGUGACAGUCUUAUGCGAGCAUUCCAAAAAUACUUAGAAACAAUACCAGAAAAUAAGAAAAUAGCCGAGAGAGGUUUAUCCAGUGGACAAUUAACUUAUAGAAUUAAAGAUAUCGUUGCACGUUCGUCACCGGGAAUUGGUUCAGCCGGCAAGAUUUCGUAUUCAUUCUUAAUUGAAGGUCGCUCCGAAACAUUAGAAAACGAUGUUGUCCUUUAUAUGAAACCAGCACAAAGGUCAGCUAUAUCAUAUGUCGUUCAACAUCCUGUUUUAGACGAAUAUUUCAAACAUGAUGGAUUACGAACUGUUCUAUGUUCAUAUGCAAUGCAAGCGUCGACACCGAAAUGGUUGGGUUAUACAACACUAGGGUCAAUUCCAUGUUUAGUUGAUGCCGUUGAAGCACAUUCAGAAGAUUUAGAUUGGUCUGAUGUAACAGACUUCAAAGAAGUUGUCGAAGUUGUUCAGUAUCUUGGAAAAGCAACAGCUAAAAUUCAUUGUGUUGCCGAUUCUGACUGUGUGAACACACCAAAAGAUGUGAGUCAUUUACCGUUUUCAGUUAUACCAAGAGAUACAGAACACACGAUUCGCGAUGCGAUUCACGGCGAAGACGAUGAAUUUAUACAAGAUAUGGUCGAAUUUGGCAUGGUUUAUGGUGAACAAAUCAGACGUGAUCAUCAAUUAUUUUUCGAAGCAUUUCGGAAUAAUCAAUUUCCAGGACUUUAA